AUGAACAAAGUGCAUGAAGAGAUUGUAUUCUAUCAUGCUCAGCCACAAACAUGGUUUUGCACUAUUAAAGCCGAGUUCAACGAAUAUCAAUUUGUGCAUCAUAGCGAAGAGCGAAUGUCGAUGAAAAACGAGCUUGAAGCUAUUUUUGUGAAAGCUCAGGUGCCGGAAUUCUUCCGGAAUCGGCCACGCAGCGAAGACAGAAGAAAAGCACAAGCCAACGCAGCCGCAUCAAAUGACAUCGUUGAGAAGGAUGAC